ACAACAACACCACUAGUCGCAUCGCCGUGCACGACGUGAAAUAUCGAGCACGUGCAGCACUUGACUAAUUUAUUGUUUAUUAUAAGUCUGAUCGCGGAUACCAAGGUGUUUUUAUUAUUAUUAUAAUUAUUGUAAUUAUUACUGCAAAGUAACCGACAAGGUACACGGCGGAUUGAGUGCGGAAACAUCAUUUGAAUUCGACAUGGCCGACAGAUCGUACUAUAACGGCAACAACGGCAGAGUGGGCAAUAGCGGAGGCGGCGAUGACUUUGGCUGGCCGGAUGCGAACACGACGGCGAGGGUUCGUCGACCUGGCAAGAAAUUUGCGACUGUUCGGUCCAAGUAUAGCAGGCAAGACGUCCUACAACGGCCGAACAACAUGUGUUACGAGCUUCGGCAACCGGACAGCAACGAAAACGGCGACGUUGUCCAAUGGGAAACCAUGACCAAACAUUUUGCCAGCAGGCUUCCAACAUUUCUAAACGAUCAAGUUGACAAUUUCAAAAAUGGUUACACUCAGACACCUAUAACAAAAAUACCUGAAAAUCAUCAUUUACAGUACUACAGUGAUUUACACAAAUUACACCAAGUGGCCUAUGCCACAAGAAAUACUAGAAAACCAUCGUGUUGUAAACAAUGGAAAUGGAGUCCGUUUUCAGGAGAACUUGGGAGCUAUGAUAAUGCUUAUUACUUAUCGGAUCCAAGAAGAUAUGCCGCACAUGCAAAAAAAAUAAUAAUUGAGGAUUCACGAGUAAUCAUAGAUGAAGAAGACAAAUUGUCGUUAUCCGUCUGGAAGAAAUACAUGGAAAACCGACAGUCCGAGUCAGUGUUCAGCAUGAAAAUGGCAAUGUGGAGUCGUCUGUCGAGUUUAAUAAAAACCAGGGCAAUCAAGUGCGGCCUCUAUCUUGUAGGUUCAACGAUGAACGGCUUUGGAGGCGAUGUAAGCGAUGCUGAUUUCUGUCUGUUGACCGACUGCACGGCCUUGUCUCCAUCACCACCUGAUGACCACAGUGGCUUAGGGGUUAACGACGGCCGUGCAUGUGGAAUAGAACGACUCCAGUGGCUCAUGAGUGUCCUUCAACAAGAACGAGUCAAGGGCUAUUUCAAUGUCACCGAAAUGUGUAUCGUUUACGCCAAGGUGCCUAUCCUGCGAUUCAAUUGGAAUGACAACGGUCGAGUUGACGUAGACCUGUGCUGUAACAAUGUGGUGGGAAUCAGGAACACGCAUCUCCUGUACUGCUAUUCUAAAAUGGAUAUUCGGGUCAGACCUUUAGUAUUAACCAUUAAACUUUGGGCGUCCAGACAUAACAUCAACGACCCGAAAAAUAUGACACUGUCCAGUUAUUCUUUAGUACUGAUGGUCAUUAAUUUUUUACAAUGUAUUCAUCCGCCCGUUUUGCCAUCACUGCAGCGUAUCUAUAAAAACAAGUUCUGCGUGGACGCAGACAUCAGCUAUGUUCAUAUGCACGAACAGUUGCCCAAUGGAUGGACCAGCGAAAAUAAACAAAGCCUCGGGGAAUUACUGUUGAAGUUUUUCGAGUACUAUAAUGAAUUCAAUUAUUACAAAUACGCGGUAUCCGUGAGGACAGGAAGGCCUUUGCCACUGGAACACUGCCGUAUGGCCGAGACGACAAAAAACGAUCCUGGACAGUGGAAGUUCAUAGGAAUUGAAGAACCUUUUGAGCGGACCAACACGGCUCGUUCAGUAUACAAUCACGAGCUUUUCACUUACAUUAAACAUGUCAUAAGCAAAAGUUAUGAAAGAUUGAAUAAUACGGGAUCUUUAAACUCAAUAUUCAACGAUAUAGAAAAUAUAACAAAUAAACAAUAUGUUUAACAAAACAGAAAAACAAAUUACUAGGAGAAAACUUAUACAAAUGAGACGAGAAAACUUUGUGUGAUUUCUGGACAUUUGAACAUAAUAUCAUAUAUUUAUACAUGUGUGUGUAUUUUAUAAGUUUAUUUAUUUUGUUGAAGCAAAAUUCGAUAGACUGUAAAAAAAAGAUAAAAGUUCUAAAAAAAAAAAAAAUAAUAAAAAAAAAUUAUUUGCGAAUAUAUUAUAUUGUAUAAUAAUUAUUAUGAACAAUUUAUUAGAUAUAUUAAUAUUUAUAGAAUUAAGUUUUAGUAGUUGUUGUUAUUGAAUUUAUGUUUCAAAAAUAAUAAUCAUGUGGACACCAGAUAAAUAAUUUGUUUUAAUCGUUAUCAAUAUCUAUUUUUGCUUACGAACGUUUGAUUUAUAUUCGUAGAUGCUGGUGGAUGCGUGCUCGUCACAAAAUAUAUUGACAGCAAAAAACUGUACAUUAAAUUAUAAUUUAUCAUUGUGUUGACUAUGUUUUGUACCAUAUUCUGAAUUAUAUACCUACGUACAAUUUCUAAACAUAAUUAUAUAUAUUUAUUAUACUGUG